AACUACAAACCCUGUCGGCGCGCGCUCCCGUGAAGUAAUUCAUUGUAUCAGACUGAGACGUUGAAGGAAGCAGCGACGAGCGACUCCUCAAAGCGACUCUGCUCUCCGGGAAACACCGACAAAUACCACUGCUUUAGCCACAUCAACUACAGGGAUGGCAGCCAUCCGUAAGAAGCUGGUGAUAGUGGGGGAUGGAGCUUGUGGAAAGACCUGUCUUCUGAUUGUCUUCAGCAAGGACCAGUUCCCUGAGGUCUACGUCCCCACCGUGUUCGAGAACUACGUUGCUGACAUAGAAGUGGAUGGCAAACAGGUGGAGUUGGCUCUCUGGGAUACUGCAGGUCAGGAGGACUAUGACAGGCUGAGACCUCUCUCCUAUCCAGACACCGACGUCAUCCUCAUGUGCUUCUCCAUAGACAGCCCCGACAGCUUGGAAAACAUUCCUGAGAAGUGGACCCCAGAGGUCAAACACUUCUGUCCCAACGUUCCCAUCAUCCUGGUAGGAAACAAGAAAGACCUGCGCAACGACGAGCACACACGCAGAGAGCUGGCCAAGAUGAAGCAGGAGCCAGUGAAGUCAGAGGAGGGCCGGGACAUGGCCGGCCGGAUCGCAGCGUUCGGUUACAUGGAGUGCUCCGCUAAGACCAAGGACGGCGUGCGAGAGGUGUUCGAGAUGGCCACCAGGGCGGCACUGCAGGCCCGCCGCGGAAAGAAGAGCAAUAAAUGUGUCGUGCUGUAAACUGGCCGACAUAUUUGGACUGUUUUCACCCUGGGCUACUGUAGCCGGGGGCUAGGGCUCGGGAGGGACGGAGGGAUUACUAGACGGGAGAGGGAGGGAGGGGAAGAAAAGAGUGCAGUAAAUGACUACUGCUGUAAAAUGGCUGUUUGUUGGACUGAAUUUACCCUGGGACUUGGGUUUGGGAAGCUUUGACGGAGAGGGACGGGUGGGUGGAUGGAUGGGAGGAGGGGGGGAUGACUACCGCUGUAAACCAUUGGGCUCUUUACCUGUUUACCAUCGAGUUGGGAAAUUAACACCAGCCACCAGCCAAACGCAGGUACACUCUGUCUUUUCAACAAGCCACUUACACUGAUAAACACCAUUAGGAGAUCCUGCUUCUUUCUAAAAAUAUCUGGCCGACUGGUGAAUUAUGGGAUGGUCCUGACUGCGCACAGUAUGGACAACAAAAAAAAAAAACAGGUUUAUUUUCCUGCCUGGAUGACUUGACAGAUGACAAACCGACGGCACAGUAAACGAGUACCACUGUGAACGGCCUCCAGUGGACUAUUUAUCCCCGGGUGUUCAUACCUGGAAGUAGGGCUGGGUUUGGUGUGGAGUUGGACUGGUGAAGGGAUGGGAAUACUGAAGCGUGGGUGUGACCAUGAUGAGGCUGUAUCCACCAAACCAGGGCAAAACUUGCAGUUCUCAUAUGCUGUAGUUACCAUGGCGGGUCAUUUGAACGGCCCCAAAAGUAGACAAAUCAUCAGUAAACUGUAUUAAACUGGUUUGAGGUUGAUUAGCUUAGCAGUUCAAUUCAAGGACAACAAAAAAAUUACAUCCACGGUGUUAAACAAGCUGCUGUGUCUCAAGUGUCGUAUUAUCAGAGCGGCGUGGAGCUACAUGCUCGUAUGUCCAGCUCAGUUUAGUCUCUCGCUGUGUCUAAUCCACAUUGAGCCGUACUCUUACCGAGAUCAUCUGUUACAGCCACCUAAUAGUGAACGCUCUAUUAUUUGCAGAGCUCACGCACAGUUUAAAUUGAGAGGAAAUUGCCCACAGCGCUGUCCAUCAUCAUCUGAUCUGUAAUUCAAAGUCGCCACCUGUAUUCCAGUUGCUGCUUUAAAGUGUUGGGCAUCUUGCCGUAGCAGUGUUUCAGAGGGCAGUGUGAAGUUUAAUUAGCACCCUCAGCAUCAGGGCUGCAUAUUAAAAGUACCCACAUGCUGGUGAAUCUUUACUGAGGAUGGUUUGUCUACUUUAAGGCCCAUACACUCCAAGCCGACAUCAAAGAACUAGCAGUGAUGAAGGCAGAUGUUAAGUCGCCUUUGUCUUGGCCAAAAAGUUGCCCUUGAACACAGCACAAAGACUACAGCCGACGGACAGUUAGCACGUACGUUCUGCGCCUGCGUGAGAUGAGAUAUUUCUCCACACCAGCAGGUCGCGGUAGUCUGUAUUUGUCAUUCAAAAAGAGAAACCGGAAGACUGUGGAAAUACAAGCCAUUGUUAUGAUAUGUAUUUUUUUUAAAAAGCAGCCAUUUUCUCCCCACUCUCACUCACGGCUUGGCUUCAUUCCAGAUGGCCAAGUCGUAGUGAAAAUAUCGGAAUGAUGAAGAUGAAAAUGAGAAGAGCCUUCUGUUUUUCCUCUUGACUUUACUCGUUGGCUUGCUUUCCUCACUUCCGUUUCUCUUCUCGUGCACUGAUUCGCUUAAGCUGAACAGUCAAUCAGAGUGACUCCUUUCACCGACAAGCUCCGCCGCCAAUUCAACAUGCUGAUUUGACCGAAAAACAUCACACACGGGCAGAUUAGAGCCGACGUUGCAAAAAUUAGAGCGGAAGACGCUCACCGACGGCCCCAAACUGUCCGUCGGCUUGGUGUGUCGGAGCCUUUAAAUGUUUGUCGGACUAAAUCAGUGAAAGUGGCAGUAGGUGAAUUGUGCUCCCACUGACAAAGGUAGCUUCCUGUCCUGCAUCGUACCGGCCGACCACCAUGUCUCAGCUCCCAUCCCUUCCUGCUCCACAUAGCUGACUGCUGGUGCUCAUCUUCCCCUGGUUUUAGACCAGGACAAAGAACAAGGAGAGGAGAGUGUUGUGUUUACAUGCACACCACUGAACUCAUUAUUUAGGAUGAACGACUAUUAUUUUGUGUGUGUAGGCACGUAAAAGGUCAAAUGUACAAUAACCAGAAAUGUUUGAGGAUGCCUGGGAUAUACCACGUUAUCCACCAUAUUGUACAUGUUUGCCUUUUACUGGUUAACUGUUGCUAUAACAGUUCAAAAGACAAACAUGACCUUUUUUUAUCCAGAAUACUGUGCAUGGAAAUGCCAGAAUUGUCAGGUUGGGCAGCCGGAUAGAUUUUGGGGUGAAACAUGCUGAUAAUCUACAUCACUAACUAGCAGAGUGAGAAUUAACCACCUGCUGUGUGUGUAAUUUUAAUUUUGGCGUAUUUUUUAGAGUAUUUCCAUUCUAUAAAUGGUAACGGUGGCCAGUGAUAUUUGGGAUUUAUCAGCCACCAGCCUUCCCUGACUCUCCUGUGUGUUUUUACUGGCACAUUCAGGCUCUCUUGACAGUGUUGAACCCUCCUGUUCUUCUUCCUGGCCUACAGGGAGGACCAGAAACUUUUGUCUUGUGUUGUUGUUUUUAUACUUUAUUUCCUGCUCUUUAAAAGAAAAAAAAGUCAUAAAUAUGUUGUCUAUCAGUAUUUAAAAAUAGGAGGUGGAAGACUGUGGGACUGCUUUUGUGUCGUUGCUUUAGUUUACUCUUCUUUUGUGCUUUAACUGAAUUUUUCUGAUGAUUCACCGUCAAUCAUCGCUGCCAAAUGCUGUUGUUAGGCAGUCAGGAGAAAGGCUGGCCUCUCGGCUGCCUGUCUAGAGCAUCGCCGGCUCUUUUUCUGUUCUUUGUUUUGAACACAAACUUGGCUGAAAAGACAAAAAAAGGAAGAAAAGAAAAAAACAAUGCAAGUCUCCUUUAUUAUGUACAAAAUCAUUUUUAUUUCUACUUUUAUUGUAUGUUUUAAAUCCUUAUUUUGGAUGCUGAAGCAGUGACGUAAACAAAGGAACAGGAAAACCAAGCUGUAUGCAAAGUCUGUAAAUAUAUAAUGUGGGUUUGUUCAUACUAGACUAUACACACGCACAGGACUGGAAACUGUAUUUGUAAACUAGCUUUGGUUUGUGUAAUAAAUUACUUUCUAUAACA